CCAGGGUUGCCCGCGCGCGGGCGUGGAGAUGACCGGCGCCAGACCUCCAGCAGCUCAGGUGUUUGCCGCGUUCUCCUCCUCUAGCUCUGACCUCGCGCCCUGUCCCGCCCUCACCUCUUGGCGGCCCCGGGCCAUGUCGUUCGCCGACGUCGCGACGUAUGCCUUCAAUGCGGAGUGGUUCUCGCCGCAGGCCGAGAUGACGAUCAAGUUCGAGCUUACGCUGUUCGUGCCGAAGCAGGCGGGGCAGCCGGUGGAGGUGUCCAUCUUCGACAUCAAGUCGAGGCGCUCGUUCCUCAAGCGGACGCCACAACCCGACCUGCGCAUGGAGGACUUCCACCUCGGUGGCACGGUCACCAUCCAGGCGAGGCAGAUGAAGCUGACCUCUUACCUGGACGAGCGGACCAGGAACGCGAUCGAGAGCAUGCGCGAAACUUUCAGCGCGCUGACCUCGCCGCGGGCCUUCCCGAGACUAGGCUCCAUCCUCAGUGCCAUCGAGGGCGCCGGCCUGGUCAUGACGAAGCUGAGGCUCGUGAACGACGGCGGGCCGGUCGUCGCCCUGCAGUGCGUUGGCAAGGGCGCCGCCGCCAAGUGGGAGGCGGCCACGGCCGCGGUGCCCGAGGGCGACCUCGCACGGGUCCCGGACGAGGA